AUGGCGGAAGCAGUUCUCUUCAGCCUUGCCACUAACAUACUGAAAAGCCUUGCAUCCGAAAUGGCGGAACUUGGAGGCUCCUUUGCUUCUCAGCAGAUCCAGUUGCUCUGCGGCGCAAAGGACGAGCUCCAAAGCCUUAAGGGCACCGUCCAGACCAUCCAAGCGGUGCUUUUGGAUGCCGAGAGGAAGCAAUGGCAUAACAACCAGCUCAAGCUCUGGCUCAAGAGGCUCAAGGAUGUGUUCUACGACAUCCAAGACUUGCUCGACGAUGUCGCCACAGAAGAUCUGAGGCAGAAGGUCACCCCCGGCAACGAGAUGUCGAAAGCGGUACGCUUUUUCUUCUCUAAGUCGAAUCAGCUCGCACACUGCGUCAAAGUGACUAAUAAGAUUCAGGAACUUAGGAAGAAAUUGGAUCAGAUUAAAAAUGAUAGGAUGUUCCAUUUAGAGGAGUGUCAGAGUGAGGAAACAACGGCCAUUGGGAGAGGAAGGAAAACUGAAAUUUUCGCGCCCGACAGAGCAAUAAUUGGCAGGGAAAAUGACAGAAAAAUGAUCAAACACCUAUUGUUUGAUUCCUCCUCUACCCGGAGUGUGUCAGUUGUUGCCAUCGUUGGUAAAGGAGGUCUUGGAAAAACUGCACUUGCACGACUAGUGUACAACGAUGGGGAGGUAAAAGAACAUUUUGGGCUUAAGAUGUGGGUGUGUGUGUCUGAUGUCUUUGAUGUGAAUUCGAUUAUCAAAGAUAUUCUUAAAUCUGCAAAAGUUGACUGUCAAGGGUAUGAUCAUGAUCAAUUGCCGAGUCUUCUUCAUGAGACUCUGAGUAGGAAGAAAUACUUGCUUGUUUUGGAUGACUUGUGGAAUGAAGAUCGGAAUAAAUGGUUGAAGCUUGGAGAUUGGCUGGAGGGUGGUGAACGGGGAAGCAAGAUACUUGUAACCACUCGUAGCCACACAGUUGCGAAGGUCAUGGAUGCGAAAUCGGUUAUCCAUGAUCUUCCUGGCUUAUCUAAAGAUGAGUCGUGGAAUUUAUUCAAGAAAAUGGCUUUUGGAGAUGGGGUAGAAUCAUCAGACUCGGAACUGGAAUGGAUGGGUCUAGAUAUAGUUAAGAAAUGCGCUGGGGUUCCCCUUGCCAUUAGAACUAUAGGAGGCCUUUUGUACGGCAAAAACAAAGAUGAAUGGCCCCGUUACAAGGUGCAUGAACUUCCAGAAAUACCAGAAAUUGAUGAGGCCGAUGAUGGAAUUAUGCAAGUCCUCAAGUUCAGUUAUGAUCAUCUCCGGUCAUGCCUGAAACAUUGUUUUGCAUAUUGCUCGUUGUUUCCGAAAGAUUAUGUCUACCGUAAAGAGAGGAUGAUACAUUAUUGGGUGGCACAAGGCUUUAUUGAGUCAGGCAAAGGGGACGACAACCUUGAAGUGGUCGCUGGCAAUUACUUGUCAGAACUACUAUGUAGGUCAUUCCUCGAUGUUGCAAGCAAAGGUGACGAUGGUGAGGUCCUGACUUUCAAGAUGCAUGAUCUCAUGCACGACCUUGCCCAAAAAGUUGCUGGAGGUGAAUGCAAGAUCGUUAAUUUUAAUGAAGGAGUUAGUGAUGGAAGAAUUCGCCAUGCGUCGUUUACUGUAGAUACUUUCUCGGAAGAGAAAAUGGUGUCCCUGCUCAAAACAUCAAAAUUGCGGACGUUUAUCUUUUUGGGAGAUGGAUUCUCUACACUAUACUACUGUCACAAAGUUCUCUCCGAGUGUAGACAUUGUCGAGUGUUGGAUUUUGGCAACACGGCUACUCCUCUCCCUCCUUCCUCCUUUGAAAAGUUGAAGCAGUUAAGGUUUCUUAAUAUUUCUAGAAACCGCUUUAUCCAGAUUUUGCCGGAUUCAUUCACGGAUUUGGUAAACUUGCAGAUCCUUAGACUCUUUGAAUGUACGAACCUUCAUACAUUUCCAAGAGAUUUGAGGAAAUUGGUCAACCUUAGAUACCUCCUCAUCGAUGGGUCUAAACCGAGAGACCUACCACCCUUGAGUGAACUCCCUUCCCUAAGGACGUUGAUUCUUAUGCAGUUGCAUGCGUUGGAGUUCCUUCAACAAUCUAAUACUACACGCCCCUUCUUCCCGUCUCUUGAGAGACUGUCCCUUAUCAAGUGCAGCAAACUGAAAGGAUGGCAAGGAAUGGGAGCAUCACCGGUCGGACAAUUCACAGCCAUCCUUCCCAAUACUUGGUCCUGUGGAAAUAGGGGGCUGUCCCCGGUUGAAAUUCGUGCCACCAUUCCCCCGGGUGGAGCACUUGACCAUAUGGGACGCGAAAAAGUUGGAAAUAAAGCCCGAUCCAAAUUGCCCGUCAGAAGCCGCAGUGGGAUCCACAUUCACCCCUUUCUCUAA